AUCCUCGUCGUUCUAUUGACCAUUCACUCAUUUCACCGGUUCCUUGGCCGUUUUUUCAGUUAUAUAUGUAACAGAAAUGAGCCAAACUCUCACUCCAGACUGAGCUAUACAAUCACAAAUAAUAAAGAAAAGGAAGCAAAACAGAGCUUCUUCUUGUAAAAAUUCAAGAAAAUGCCGGUUACCAGAAUUGCAGUUGGGAAUCCAGGAGAGGCCAGCGAGCCAGACGCUAUCAGGGCGGCUCUGGCGGAGUUCUUCUCUAUGAUUAUUUUCGUUUUCGCCGGUGAAGGAUCCGGCAUGGCUUUCAGUAAGCUAACAAAAAAUGGAUCGGCAACGCCGGCGGGUUUAAUAGCUGCAUCACUGGCUCAUGCAUUUGCACUUUUUGUGGCUGUUUCCGUUGGUGCUAACAUCUCUGGAGGCCACGUAAAUCCUGCUGUUACUUUUGGUGCGUUUAUUGGAGGAAACAUCACCCUAUUGAGAGGGAUUUUGUACUGGAUUGCUCAGUUGCUUGGAUCUGUUGUCGCUUGCGUGCUUCUUAAAUUCGCCACUGGUGGAAUGGAAACAUCAGCAUUUGCGUUAUCAUCCGGAUUGUCCCCUUGGAAUGCUGUUGUGUUUGAGAUAGUAAUGACCUUCGGCCUAGUCUACACUGUGUACGCCACUGCACUGGAUCCCAAGAAGGGGAAUGUGGGAAUUGUUGCUCCUCUUGCAAUUGGCUUCAUUGUUGGUGCCAACAUUUUGGUUGGUGGUGCUUUUGAUGGUGCAUCCAUGAACCCAGCAGUCUCUUUUGGCCCUGCUGUUGUAAGCUGGACAUGGACUAGUCACUGGGUCUAUUGGGUCGGUCCAUUGAUUGGUGCUGCCAUUGCAGCCCUUGUCUAUGAUACCGUCUUUGUUGGUGAAAAUGCACAUGAACCACUUUCCACCAAUGAUUUUUAAGAUUUAAAUCCCCUUUGAUCAGGAUAGAAAUUAAAUUCCUCUUUUUUUUUUUUUUUUAGAUUUGAGGAGCAAUAAAAAGUUUUGAUUUUUCCUGUAGUUUGGUUGUUGUUAGGUGUUCACUAUCGUUGUUUCCACAAAUGUCAGACCUUCUUUAGUUGUUCUUACAUGUUGAAUCAAUGAAGCAAUUUUGUUUAUAA